AUGAAGUGGAUCACAAAGAAAUUCUACACCAAUUUUUUCGCUCGUCAACCCAUGUCAAACCUCGUUAUUCCCACUGUAGAAGUACCAUCAUGGAUUCCGCCUGUUGAAGUAGGCGCCGCAAUCCGGACCAUGAAGGCUGCCACGACUCCGGGACCGGAUCAUGUUUCUAUCGACCUCUUACGAGCUGGAGGACAUUGCCCACACGAGAUACUUGCAAAGCAUCUA